AUGGCGACUUCAUCCGCCUACUUCCUGGCCGGCUACAAUGUCGCAGCUCAGCCUGUGUCAGCCAAGUCAAAAGGAAAGCAAAAGGCGAGUCAGCCCGUGCCUUUAUCGUUUUGCAAAGUGCAAGGCAGAAAACGUCAACUGGCCUGCGCCGUAGCGUCUAGCGGUGUCCACAUCACAGAUCUUGAGGAUCAGACAUCGCUCAGUUCGACGACGAGUACUGCCGGGAGCGUGUAUACUUCGAAUAUUCAGGCUCUGUCGCUCGAGGGCGAACAGCGACGACGGAGGAUCUUUGUAGGAUGUAGAUCAGCAGUAGGGCCGAGCUUGGCUUGCUAUGAAGAGCAAGAGAGCACGGAUGGAUCUACUGUCGAUCAGACCACCGCUCACCAUCUCGGGGUCUCGAGCGAGAUACAGAGCCUCUGCUGGUACAGCCUACCCGAGCAGCAAGACCCACUGUUGAUAGUCACGACUGCCGAUGAUCUCAUCAUGCUGCUCUCGCCUGCUGCAGAUCUCAAGGAGCAGACUGUCGAAGAACUCGCGCUAGCAUCCAUCAGCGCUACGGACAGCCCAGUCAAAGCAGAGUCAAGCAGGCUGUUUGUGUAUGACGCCAUCAUUCAUCAGAUUGCUCUGUAUCGAUCAGAGAGAGACUUACACGCUCGUAUGCGCUCCUUCGAUGUCACUACCAGUGCAGAGACCUACCACAUGCAGCUAAGCAAAACGAUCAAUAUCACCGACCAGGCGCUCAUAGAUGUCAUCGUCACUCCUGAUCGCACGAUCGUCGCUCUCUGCUCUAACGGGUCACUACAGCUGUACUCUCUCGCGAAUGACGGCUCACCAAGUCGCACUGUGCGACUCGCAGAGUCUCUCAGCUUUGCCUCUGCAGCACCCACCUCGCUACAGGUCUACGGACCUUCUUCGAUACUCGUAGCAGCUCAAACGUCUGUGAGCGACUCAGACAGAGCGCAAGCUGUUUUCCUGGUACUCGAUCUGCGCCAUGAUGCAGUAUUAGAAGCGUACACCCAUCCGCUGCCUUCCUCGUCUCACUCAGACGAUCAAAGCACACCAGAAGCAGUAACAGUACAUACUGCUCUUCUAUCGGAUGCGACGCUCGUCUUUGCUUUCACCAAGCAAAGCAGUGUAGCUCAGAGAGUAGCAAUCCUGGCUCAGCCCUUCCAUAUGGCCAGAACUCCUCUGCUUGCCGAUCUCGUGGGCAAACAGACGUUAUCGAGACAAUGGCUACACCAAUCUCACACGAGAUCAAAGGACGUUCAGCCUCUGCUGCAUCCCAACACGAGCGAACACAAACGCGCUUACUUGCAAGCGUGCUACGACAGCCGACAAGCUUUCGUCGCGUCAGUCGACGAGCUCUUCGUUCAAUCGCCUUCACAAGUCUAUUCAGACUUUCUCGAGCUAUUUGAGGCUUGGGUCAGAGGAGAACAAGAGCGCAUCGAGCAGUACAGGCGGGAGCACCCUGCAAGUAAGAAGGCUGCAAAGAUGGCAGUAGCUAUUCCUCUGGCUUUCGUUCGGCGUAUCACAAGCCAGCUCUUUGCCAGUCUCGCCAACAACAUACCUGCGCCCGUUGAGACCUUUUGCACCUUUCUGCUCAAGCACAAAGCGCUCACAAAUGAUACGGCGCCCGAAGGCUUGCUACAGCUUUUCGUCUCUUGUCGCGCAUGGUCUCUUGCUCAAUUCGCCUUGAAGCAGUUGCCCGAUCUCUCAGAGAGCGGAGUCAUUGCCUGUCUCGCGCAAGUCGCUGCCGCUUCGAGCUCGGCAGCUGUACAGGAAGACAAGCCGGCGCUAGCAGCUUUUCUGCGCACGACGAUCUCGCUCAAGCUCACUUCGGGCUUGCUCCGUCCGGCCAUCAAAGCGGCCUUCACAUCAGACACCAUCUUGCCUGUGCUGGCUUGCUUGCAACAAUGGCUAGUUGCUCCCGAGCCCUUCUUCACGGACAAGAAGCGUGACACGCGACUGCAGAACACAAUUGCGUUCACGCAGGAUGUGCUUGAUGCGCUCUUUGUGCCUAUGCUACAGAACCAGCAAGCUCAUGUGGCGCUCCGAGCUCUGUCGGACUGUAUAGAGGAUCAGCUCGUGCUUUCCUCCGAACUCAAGAUACUCCGAGCGCCCCUCGAAGUCUUCAUCCGAACAGAAGCUCUGAACAAGCGCGAGGCCGAGCUAGCACGAAAUGCAAAGAAGUCGCCUUCAGAUCAAGUGGCGCUGCGAUCGCGCAACCAGCUCGAGCAGCUCGAACGGGCGCGUCACCAGCACGAGCUACAGACGAAGCAGUACACUCUCGAGGAAUUCGAAAUGUGA